AUGCCAGUAAGCAGCUCUUCAUUAAUCUUUUUUUUUUUUUUUGGAGUGAGGAAGUGCUUUGACAGAUUUUCCAGGUCAUUUGAAAUGUGCACUUUAGCGAAAGAGAAACAAAUACCACAACUUUGUAAUUCUCUUUUUAUAUAAAAACUACAAGAGGACUUGCAUUCACACAAAGAAUAGUGCACAUGCUUUGUAAUCUAAGCCACGUAUGCACAUGGAAAUUUGAGAUAAGUGCAUCCCCAUUCAGGAAUGUCCACCUGAAAUCUUUAUCAGAAAUAUUUUUUUCUUAAUGUUUUCUACCACCACCCCAGCCAUUUAUUAUUUAUUUAUUUAUUCUUUAACAUUUGGGGAGAUUUGUAUUUGCAAAUCUUCUGCAUGAGUGUGGGAGAUUAAGGAUGAGGACCCGCGCCUGGUGAAGCUCUGAUGACCCGCGCCUGGUGAAGCUCUGAUGACCCGCGCCUGGUGAAGCUCUGAUGACCCGCGCCUGGUGAAGCUCUGAGGACCGGCGCCUGGUGAAGCUCUGAUGACCCGCGCCUGGUGAAGCUCUGAGGACCGGCGCCUGGUGAAGCUCUGAUGACCCGCGCCUGGUGAAGUUCUGAGGACACUCUCUGUGCUGCGGUCCCUCUGCGGCGAGAUGCCGCAGGCAGCGGAGCCCGGCUCUGCGCUCUGCCCCCAGUAGCAAGAAGCCCACCCCCUGCCUGCAUGCUAUAAAAACCCGGCAGUGGGAGGGGGGUCCAGCCAUCAGGCUGUUGUGCUCUGGAUACACCUCUCACUGUGCGGAUUUCUGUCAUCCCUAUAAUUAGGCUCCUGUGUUUCUCUUGGUUAGAAGCCUUUGUGGAGGAUGAGUCGCCACAUGGGGAUGCUUCUCUUUGCCUUGGGAGUCGUCUCGGCCAGCAUGGCUCAAGGGACCAGGGGCCGGGGACUGCAGGCCGGGAUGAAGGCAGGUGGGGGGAACAGCCCCGCCUCGUACCAUUCAGAAGACCACGCUGAAUGGAGCACCUGGUUCAACGUAGACCAUCCCGGAGGCCGAGGCGACUAUGAGCAACUGGACGCUAUCCGCUACUACUAUCGCGACCGGGUCUGCGAGCGGCCCGUGGCCAUCGAGGCUCGCACUACCGACUGGGUCCCUGCCAGCAGCACCGGGGAAACAGUCCACGCCGACCCAGUGCUGGGCUUCUGGUGCACCAACUCCGAGCAGCCGGCCGGGCACAACUGCUCCAACUACGCCGUCCGCUUUCUGUGCCCUCAGGGAGGGCCUGUACCUGUCAGCCUCAGCUCCUGGGCCCCUUGGUCAGACUGGAGUGACUGUUCAGCCCAGUGUGGCCAGGCAGGCGUACAGGUGCGCUCCAGGAGCUGCAAUUCUCAUGCCCAACACUGGGAGCAGCAGUGCAAUGGGCCUGCAGUGGAAGGCAGAGCCUGUAAAGGACCAGCAUGUCCAGAUGAUACUCCAGACUGCACCAUGCAGUGCAUCAUGGGACGUGUGAAUGCAGAAUGCGAUGCCUGCAUGUGCGAGGACCACCUCCUGCUGGGCUCAGUCCGUAGCGCCGGCGGGCUCCCCGCCCCAGGGGCCGCCAUCCUCAGGGGGGGCCGGUACCCCAAGCUGCUUACUGUCACUGACCACAACGGGCACUUCCGCAUCCCUGGCGUGUGCCCGGACGGUAACGGCACAUUGACGGUGCGCCUGCAGAAGCACACGCCGCUCACUACUGUGGUGCCGCACAGCACAGAGCGCACGUCCGUGCUGCACGUCAGGCUGGAGCGAGCAGAGAAGCUGUACAUGGUGAAGCACCCAGAACACAAAGCCCGCCGUCUGGGCCAGACGGCCGCGUUCUGCUGCAAGGCGUCCGGCUCUCUGGAGGUGCAGCAUUACCAGUGGUUCCACAACGGCAGCUUGUUGGACCAGAGGCAGCUGAAUUACGACAGCACCCUGGUACUGAGAAACCUGCAGAUGGACCAGGCUGGGGAGUACUACUGCAGAGCGAGCAAUGAGGGAGGGAGCAUCAAGUCCAAGGCAGCCACACUUACCGUCAUAGGUACUGACACACCCCCAUGUCACCCCAAACCCAAACCCCACUUGAUCCGUCUGCCCCACGACUGCUACCAAAAUGCGAGCGAGUCUUUUUACUAUGACGUGGGGAAGUGUCCAGAGGCCACGUGUGUGGGGAAACGAGACAACGGCAUCCGCUGCAAGGACUCUGUGCUGUACUGCUGUGGGAUCGCCAUGAUGGAAGAGAGGCAGAUAUCCUGCCAGGGGUACCAGCUGCCCAUCAUGGUGGCCAAGGAGUGCGGCUGCCGCAAGUGUGUGGACACCAAGGCCAUAGUGCGUGGCCGGGCAAUGGCGGCAGACAACGGGGAGCCAUUGAGGUUUGGACACAUCUUCAUGAAUGGUGUCAGAGUCAGUCGUACGGGCUACAAGGGUACCUUCUCCAUCCCGGUCCCUCCAGACACUCAGAGGCUUGUGCUGACCUUUGUGGAUCACAUGCAGAAGUUGGUGAACACCACCAAGGUUCUGCCCUUUAACCAGAAAGGUGGAGCUGUGUACCACGAGGUCAAGCUGCUGAGGAAGAAGGAGCCGGUGACUCUUAGUGCAUCGGAGGCCAGCACACUCCGGCUGGGAGAGGUGGAAGAUCAGGAUCCCAUUGCAUACCUCCAAAUCCCACCCAAUUCUUUCUACCGAGAAAAUGGAGAGGUCUACACAGGCAAUGUGAAAGCCAGUGUCACAUUCCUGGACCCAAGAGAUAUCUCAACGGCAACUGCUGCACAGAGUGACCUCAACUUCAUUGAUGAAGAAGGCGAUAUGCUUCCUCUGAGAACCUAUGGGAUGUUUUCGCUGGACUUCCGCGAUGAGAAUGAGGGCAACCCUCUGAAUGCAGGUGAGGUGAAGGUGCUCCUGGACUCGGCCCAGGUGAAGAUACCCGAACACCAGGACUCUAUGAAGCUUUGGUCUCUGAAUCCUGAAACGAGCCUGUGGGAGGAGGAGGGGGACCUUCACAUUGAGAAGAAGCAGAGAGGAAAACGAGAAGAGCGGACUUUCCUCAUCGGUAACAUGGAGAUCAGGGAGAGGAGGCUGUUCAACCUUGAUGUUGCAGAGAACAGGAGGUGUUACAUGAAGGUACGAGCUUUCCGCAGUGAGCGCUUCAUGCCCAGUGAGCAGGUAGAGGGUGUGGUGAUGACCCUAAUCAAUAUGGAGCCCACAGCAGGAUAUUCAUCCAACCCACGGGCCUGGGGCCGGUUUGACAGCGUCAUUACUGGGCCUAAUGGUGCAUGUCUGCCAGCUUUCUGUGACGAUCAGAAGGUGGACGCUUACUCAGCCUAUGUCUUGGCUAACAUGGGUGGGGAGGAGCUAGAGGCAGUUGCAUCCUCUCCUAAAUUCAACCCAAAUACUAUUGGAGUCCCCCAACCUUAUCUUGGCAAGCUCAACUACAAGAGAACAGACCAUGAUGACCCAAGGGUGAAGAAGACGGGGUUUAGUAUCAAUGUGGCCAAGCCAAGUCCCAAUGUGGCUGAUGAGGGCAAUGGCCCAAUUUAUGCCUUUGACAACUUGAAAGAGUGUGAAGAGGCCCCCUUCAGCUCGGGACACUUCCGCUUCUACAGGGUGGAGGGGGAUCGGUACGAUUACAACACGGUGCCUUUCAAUGAGGAUGAUCCCAUGAGCUGGACAGAGGAUUACCUCAGCUGGUGGCCUAAGCCAAUGGAGUACCGUGCCUGCUACAUGAAGGUGAAGAUAAACGCUCCCCAUGAGAUCAAUGUGCGCUCACGUAACAUGGGCGGCACCCACCCUCGAACCGUGGGCCAGCUGUACGGCAUCCGAGAUACGCGCAGCAUCCGGGACAUGGACAAAACUACCGUUUCUGCCGUGUGCGUGGAGUUCAAGUGCAGCGGGAUGCUGUAUGACCAGGACCGCGUGGACCGGACCUUGGUGAAGAUCAUGGCCCAAGGCAGCUGCAAACGUGACAGCGUAACGCCCAUGCUACAAGAGUACCUGGUCAACCACCUGCCGCUUGCCGUAAACAAUGACACCAGUGAGUUCACCAUGCUGGCGCCCCUAGAUCCCCUGGGCCACAACUACGGCAUCUACACCGUGACCGAUCAGGACCCGCGCACGGCCAAGGAGAUCGCGUUGGGCCGCUGCUUCGACGGGACCUCAGAUGGCGCCUCCCGGGUCAUGAAAACCGACGAAGGCGUCGCUCUCACUUUCACCUGCAGCGACAAGGAAGUAACCCGACAGAGUGUCUUCCAGGCUCUCCAGAACGUUCCGGGGCCAUCAGUGGUGAGCGCCGCAGGAGAGGGCCGGCCGAACAGGAGGCAGAGGGGCAGUGCGGGCGCACUGCGUAGCAGCCGCCGGCGUAGUGUCCAGAACUCGCCCGCCAGACGGGGCAGGCCUGCCCGUUAAGUUCUGUGGGGCAGGCAGCAGCUCAUCACACCGCAGAGGCACAAUGACCCCCCCCAGGAGAAAACCAACUGCCAGGUUUGUCGUGGCAUUUUAACUUAAGGGUGCCUCGUGGGCUGUUUCUUUUUCCUAUGUUUAAUAUGUAACUUAGAUAUUUAAUAGCAGGUAUACUGUGAUAAAUAUUUAGUACUUGAAACUGUAAAUAACGGGAUAUUUAUUACACUGAGCAGGAAUCGAUAGUGUGUGUAUUCUGGACUAAUCCCUAUUAAAAUGACGUUUACAUAAUUA